CUGGUAUCUAUUGUUACACGUCCCUUAGGCAAUACGUGAGAGUCCCUCCGAAUCGCCCCUCGAUGCCUACAGCUACAAAGAGUACAGUAUAGUGGCGUGGAGUUUUCUAUGUAGCAUACCACACCACUUCAAUACCCAUGGAACAGAAAUACAAGACAAAAAAUGUAUCAAAACAAUCAACGGCCAAGUAUAAAAAAACAUGCAACAGUAGGGAUUCGCUGGUGGUCACCCACCCAACUACUAACCUACCGGCGUGUGGCCUAUGUGCGGCAGAUAGUCGGGUGGCUGCCGCCCGGGUGAGUUUAGGGUGAGCGCCACUUUACAGUCGCGCAACCAGGGUGAGAUGGGGUGAGUGCGCAAUAGACAGGGUGAGAAUCUGGGUGAGAGCGGGUGAGAAUCACCCUCACC